UCAAAAUUGUCAACAAGGCUAGGAAUGGAUGGAUUAUUUACGUAUUUGCUAUUUGUAAUGAACUAAUUUAUUAUCUUAGACAUAUAAACUGAAAGCAUUUAAUAAUUAUCGACCGCAGUGACAAUUUGUGAAAAUAAAUAAGAAGAUGACGUCUUUCCACGACAGGCAGAAAAGCCUGUUCAACACUUUGAAAGAAGCUGAAGACCAAUACAGUUUUUCUAAAACAAACAAAGCUACACACCAAGAUUAUGGUACUAUUGACAAAUACACUUACAAGAAGUUGAAACAUGAAAUGAAACCGUUUAGAGGCAGGGAAAGUAUAUACAAAAAGCCUCAAGCAAAUAUUCGUGAAUGUCUUAGAGCUAAAACUAUUCCUGACCACAUUAAAAACCCACAGAAGUAUAAAUAUUACUCCUUGGCCGAUGUCACUCCAGAACAAAUGUCAGACUCCACAAACACUGCAACAGCGCUAGCGCUAAUACGGGAGUUGGAAGAAAAAGAGGCGGCAACACAAAAACCAAUGGAAACUGACACAGAUGAUGGUGUUUUCAAAAAACCAACAUUCUGCAUUUCAUCUUCUAUGAAAAAAUCACCUAAACCUGAACAACAAGAAAAACCAGUAUUCAAGAGCAAUAAGGUUGUAAUGCCCGAGUAUGUGGUAGGAGUCACAAAGAAAAAAGAAAAGAAAGUAAAUCUACUGAAAAAGGAAAAGUCUAAUAAUGCUGCGAGUUCAGGCACUAAAGUGGAAUUAAAAUUGGAUCAUCUUUUUGAAGAUGAUGAAUGAUUUAUCGGCUUAAUAUUUUAGUAAUAACUAUGGACUAAAUUAAGUACUUAUAUUAUUAUAGUAAUAAAGAUUUUUUCAUGACUAUGA